AUGACCUUGGACACUUCCCGACAGCAGCGCUUCGGCCCUCCCUUGAAUUUCAACUACGCCGCCCACGCACAAGCGCCAGUAUUCUCAAAUCCUUGGUCGUCAAAUUCCUCGCCUUCGCAUUCAUCCGCCGCGGCGAGCCAUCCUCUCUACGCCGUUUCUCACCACCACCAGCACUCCAUCGGCAGCCAUGCCGGUAUGGUGACCAUCAAGGACCGCGUCGGUAGCGGUAGCGCAUCCGCCAUGGCGGCGUAUGGCCCGAUGGCGCCUUCUGCAGGUAGGUUCGACACUUUCGUCUUCGUCCUCGGCACGAAGCAGACAGACAACUUACCUGGCAUGCAUCAAGAUAUCAUGGGCAUGAGCCGACUGCAAACAACUUCCGCGUCGUAUGGCGAUCCGUCGUAUGCCACUACCGCCCCUCGUGUCAGCAGUCAUGGUGGUCACUUUGCCGCGUCUUCUGCGGCACCGUACGAAGCCAUGGGAUACGCACCAGCACCCGUCCGGUCGACGGCGUUCAGCAUAAGCUCCGAGGCCGACCCGGUCAGACGGUUUACGCACCAGCAGUCGGUCACCCUGCCGCUUUGUCACGCACCCCAUCGGCCUACUGACGUGGAUCCUAGGGGCAUUCUCCCACAGCCGGACGACCGCAGGAGCUUCGCGGACGCGCUUGACGCCAGCCAAGGCAUGCUGGCCAUGAGCCAAGAUACCCCUCGAAACAUCUACGGCAGCCGCGACAACGACCGAUCGUCGGUCGACUCGUAUCCUUUCCCAUCCACACACUCUACGAGCUCGUCGAUAUCGUCCAGCAACUUGAGCUCCUACUACGGCGACUCCGUCUCCGAGUAUUCAACGGCAGGUUCGGACAUGGAGUCGGCCAACUCGAGAACGCUACCCCGACCUCCGUCUCUCAUGAGCUCCCAAAUACCACCGGUGCCCCAGUCGAUGAUGGGCCAGUUCAGCGCCAAGAUGCUGUCGAGCGCGCAGAAGAAACACAAGUGCAAGGUUUGCGACAAGAGGUUCACGCGGCCCAGUUCGCUUCAGACGCACAUGUACAGCCACACGGGCGAGAAGCGUACGUCUACUGUCCCCUACCCUUUCAGGCCUUUGCUGACUGUUUGUUUCAAGCAUUUGCAUGCGAAGUGGAGGGGUGUGGUCGACACUUCUCCGUCGUGUCGAACCUGCGGCGGCACCGCAAGAUACACCGCGGCGAGGCUCCGUCCGAAGCCGGCUCCGAGGACCACCACUCGGACUAGGCCAGGGCGGAUGGGUCAUGACGAUGGCCACCAUGCCUUCUUGUCGGCGCCCCCCUGCAUGCUUGACAGCAGGGUGAUUUGGUCCAGGUCGCAGCAGGCAUCCGUUGGCGGGUGCCGACAGCGGCGACAGCGGCGUAUUUGA